UCGAUGGUCGCGCACCAUUCCGACGUCUUCGUCGUUCCAUUCACCAAGGUCUUUACAGUGUUCGAUUCUAAACAAAAUAUCUAAACCCACACGUUCUCCAAAAAUUCUUCGAUAUUUCUACAAGACGAUUGCAAAGUUGGUUGCACACUUUCAUGUCAUUUACGUGUUAUAACUGUGAGAAUAGACAGUCUCGUGUAUCUGGUGUCACUUCAAACGAACGAUCAUUUUGGGAAUCAAGAAGUCAGAGGACCGUGAAUUCUCGACUAUCAAUUAAGCUCCUUGAUUUCCGAGAAGAACUCGUUCACGGGGACAUCGAGCGAACGUCGCGGACCGAGAUGCAGUUAUCUUUCGGCAAUAAGAGAAGCUAGUCAAGAGAGAACGAGAGAGAGAGUUGGUGAGAGAGAGAUAGAAAGAGAGAUAGAGAAAGAGAGAAUCGUGCGAGACAGGUUCCAAGUUGGGGGAACAUGGGUGGAUCGAGAGACGGCGUCUUGCUCAUCUUGGCGGUCGCGUGGCUCCGAUUGACGGUCGGGGUCGAGGACCACGUGGCGGCCUUGAACGAGACCGACCAUCCAGUUCAAGUGGAUUCUAUCGAAAACGAGGUAUCGUUCAGUAGUGACGAGUUGGAUCAGCAUCCGCAUAUGAUGCCCGGUAAACCUUCGAAACUCGACACGAACAUUAAUCAGAUGAUACAGACGGACGAUAGGUCACAGUAUCAGAUCGAGGCGACGCGAAUGGAGAACGCUACAGCGUUUCCGUUGGAAUCGAUGGGUUGCCAGGACAACAAGACGACGCCUUGCGCGCGAAAGGAUCUGUCCGAUCUAUUCGACAGGUUGUCUAGGAUCGACACGUACAACGUGACCGACUCGGUGCAGAUCAUAAGAAAUCGGGACGUCAUCGGCAGGAAAGACGAAAAAGGUAACGACCGGCCGGACGCAAGCCUACUCGAUAAAGUUCGCCGGUUCGCAAGAGAACACGUAGUAAAGAUACGUCUGAGCCAGGACUUAAUACCCGGUAGAAAAGCUAGAACCUUCUUCAACGCAUUUGGCCUGAAGAAGCUGCUGCUACCUCUGAUCUUUGGUGUACAGAUCAUUAAGAGUGUCCUACUGGCGCUUUUCCUGCCCAGUAUCAUCGGAAGUAUCGGUAAUAUCGUUGGUAAAGGAGUUUCAUCGUUUGCGCAAUCAUCACAUACCACGGCGCAGCCAGAAGAAAAUUUCGAGUUCAAGGAUAAUUCCGAUUUGUACAGCGAUGACUACCUGACGCGACAGCCGGUAGGAACAUUACCAGCCUCUGUAAUGUACGAUGAAAGUAUGAUGCAGUCUCAGAAGAAUCCAGAAAUCGCAUCGAGAUAUUCCUUCGUCGAUCCUAGAAUAACUCACGCCAAUGCUGUUGCCGAUCGUUAUUACACUCGCCACGUUGCUGCUCAUGGACUUUCUAAGAAGCAAGACUUUAAGGUGUUCCACGAAAUUCCAACGAGUUCACUGCUGCUAACUAACUACGACCCAUUCUACUCACCUCUGUUAUCUCGCCUGGAUGCCGUGUUCUCUCGUCUGGGCCACACGACGGAGGGUUGCAGAGAAUACGCCGUUUGUGCGAUGUACCGAAGCCCCGCCAGGUACGCACCGUAUUCGAAUCUGGUCUCAGCACAGCUGUCCAGAGAGCUGAACGAAUUAAGAAGACCCAGUAGCGAUAAUCCCGAUGUCCUGAGGUUCUUCCGGUACAUGAAGGCCGCGAAAGACGGACAAGAUGGCGUGAAAUGCGAGGAUGCGUACGCGAGUUGCGCAAUUGCACGGGAGGAUCAAACUCUCAGGCAAAAUCAGGCGAUGUUGGCUACCUACCAGGACAUCGACAAGCUCGUCCACGCGAGGAAGUUAUAAGAAAGAAGAUAGAACAGCGAGGAUUCAAUCCUGGGACUGAACGACCGAUUGAAACCAAAUCGUGUUUUUAUUCGGUUACCUGUGAUUCGUUGAUCGUCGUUGGUUGUACUUUGGUAUACAGGUAUCGAGCACUUUGAGCGAAUUUCUGUGGCGAUUAUAAGUUGCAGGGUACAGUUCUUGAAAAUAGUCUGAAUAGUAGGUAUAAUAGUAAUUUAGGAAAUCGGUGAAUUUACCUCAACUAUGAAUUUUUAUUAUUUGGCUCCAUGGUUCGAUCAUUUAUUCAUACGACCACCGAGUACGUAAUUUGGAUAUUUAAUAACUCAUUAAAUUAUAUUAAAUUUUAAAAGUUUUAAAUUGUAAAAAGUUUCGAUUAAUUUAAAUGGAAUCUGAAUAUCGAAACUUUUGAUAUUUAUGGGUUUAACAAAAGAGUAGUUUGGAGAGCGCUUCCUAUGCGGACGUUGAGAUCUCCGCGAGGUCGCUGUAGCGCCUAAUUACACACGGCCUUCUUACAUAUAUUUUCAGGUUCCUUGCUGUUCAGAAUAUUUAAAAGAUCACUCACCAAGGCUCAAAGAUCGCUAUCUCUGUACCUGCUUAUCUCUGUACACGACGACAUAUAUUGUUACUCGGGCAAUUACGUACUCAAUAGUCCAAACAAGAUCAAAGAUGCUUAAUACGAAACAAUUUCACGCAAUUAAUCGGUCAGAAGGCUGACAACGAAGGAAACAAAUGGCAAUCAUUAGGUCGACCGUGAUAACGGUACAUGAUAGCUGGAUCGCUGUAUAUCAUUACCGGUAUUCGAAUGUUACGUUCUUACGUAAUAGUCGACUUACCAUGGUUAGAAGUAGGUCCGACAAAUAAUACGCGAUUAGAGACACGCACGAUUUACCAAGAAAGAAUUUUAUGGCCGUGUAUUCGUGGAAUUCGAUGUUUCGAACUGUCAGGUUUGAAUUUCCAUAUAGUGAUGCUCGAUUAUAUUUAGUCGAGUAAUCAUGGAAAAUCGUGGUGUCGCGACGUCGACGACGCCUCGAUUUUCAACCAAUGAAACGCAGUCAUUCGCGAUUUAGCGGUUUAAUUUCAAUAACAUAUCGAAUGAUUGUACGACGCGGAACUUAAGACCCCGACGUUUCUUUAAUUCCUAUUUAAUUCCAAUGUGCGUCGGUCCACGCUCCGCGGACUUAGAUAUUUAUUUAUUAGCCACGAGGAAUCGUGGUUCUUAAUUUAUUAAUUAAUAGUGCGAGGCGUAUGAACGCUCACGGACCAUUACUGUCUAUUUAUUUAUUCGAUAAGAGACUCGAUCCGAUGCGGGUCAACGCAAUCAAUUCUUGUACAGUGCGUGAAUAAAACGCUGUGAAUGCGCUA